UAAUGUCUGAGUAAAUACAACAAUAUAAAGCUUGUUGGAAGUAAGCAGUUGAUGCCGCAGAAAAAGAAUUAGAUUAGCUUUAUAACUAAUUUCUUUAGAAUGAUUGUGAACUACUCAAAGAGAAUUAGCAAAGUUUAAAUUAACAAGAGUAAUCAAAUAUCAAUUAAUUAGGGUUAUGGGGAUGAAGAAUAAAUAAAAUUAGAUUUAAAAUGAGCCUCAUCCUUUGGAUAAUAAUAGUGACGAAGAAGAAGACCAGCAAGAUUAGAAUGGUCAUUAAUCAAAUAUAGCUACAUCUACAACUAAAGAAGACUUUGUAGUGAAUUAAGAAAUUAAAAGAGAACUAAUAAGAGAAGUUCCAUUUAAGGAUGAAACACUAUAUAUAUAUAGAAUUAAUUAUUAGAAUGGAGAUGUUUAUGAGGGAGAGUUAUUGAAUGAUUUAAAGGAUGGAUUAGGCACUUAUUAUUAUGAAAAUGGUGAAAAAUUUGAUGGGUUAUUUUCAGAAGAUCUUAUUCAUGGAUACGGAAAAUAUUACUUUAUUGGGGGUCAUAAAUAUGAGGGAGAUUGGUAUUAAGGAGAAAAAUCUGGAAUGGGUAUUUUAGAUUUUAGCACUGGAGACAGAUACAUAGGUGGGUUUUAUAAAGAUGCAUUUGAUGGAGAUGGUACAUAUAUAUAAAAAAUAGAUAGGAACUUUUGAAUACAAGAAUGGAGAUGUUUUUAAAGGAAAAUGGAAGAAAGGCAAGAAGAAUGGUCAAGGAGAGAUGAGAUACAAAGAUAAAAGAGUUGUUAUAGGGGAAUGGAUUGAUGAUGAAUUAUAGCCAUUUUGA